AUAACUUCCUGACAGCUCGCGCUCUCUUUCUCCUCCAUCAUGGUGAAGUUUAGGAUCCCGUCUCUGAGAUCAGCUGCUGCUCUGCUCUCCGCACCCGGACCCGGACCCGGUGCUCAGCCCUGUGUGCGUCUGUCUACCGGUCCCCAGCAGAAACACACAACCUUCUAUGAGCAUCAGACUCACCUGGUCCCCUCCUUCCUGCAGCUGACCAAUCAGAAGAUCCACCUCCGCACAGCACACUCGCAGCUCAUUGGCUACUGGAGCGUGGAGUACGGAGGCCUCAACCAGGUCUUCCACAUCUGGAAGUAUGACAGUUAUUCUGAGCGGGCAGCUGUGCGGGCAGCCCUCUCUCAGGACCCCUCCUGGGUCUCGGACUACAUCUCCAAGGCGAUGCCCAUGUUGUCGUCUCAGGAGAACGAGGUCACCUACCUGGUCCCCUGGAGCCACCUGCAGACCCCCCCACAGACAGGAGGUGUGUACGAGCUGGUCUCCUACCUGAUGCGUCCCGGCGGUCCGGCUGUUUGGGGCGAAGCCUUUCAGGCUGCCGUCACCUCCCAUGAUGCACCGGGGUACGGCAAGCUGGUGGGAGCUUUCCACAGCGAGUUCGGCCUGUUAAACAGAGUUCAUGCCCUCUGGUGGUUUGAGAGUGCUGAUCAGAGAGCUGAAGUUCGACACAAAGCUCAUCAUGACGCCAGAGUGGUCGCUGCAGUGAGAAACAGCGUGAUGCAUCUGGAGUCUCAGGAGAAUAAACUCAUGUUUCCGUGUGCUUUCUCUCCGCUGAAGUAACUUCCUGUCGCCACACCUGGGUCUCCAUGGCAACAGAGACUGUCCUCUGUGGGCCAAUCACAGCUCAGCGUUUGCUCCAGCUGUAAACUAACGUGUAACAUCAAUAAUAACUCUCUGUAUUAAAGAUGUCAAUAACAAUCUCUUACUUUUAAUACUUUAACUACAUGUUCCUGAUGGUACUUCUACUGCAGGACGUUAACUGUACCAGUAGUAUUACAGUGUUGUAUUAGUACUUUUACUGCAGUAAUCUGAAUACUUCUUUCCCUGCUGAACAUUUUGAACAUUAAACUUUUCAU